AAUGAAAUAACGUGUGGGUAUACAGCAAAUAAAAGAACGCGUAGGACGAUAAGCAAUAGUGUUACACAUAAACGUUAAAACACAAAACGUAUGAAAAUGAAAGCUGACAAUACUUACCGUAACAUGGGCAGAUAACUGAACAAGUAAGUUUUAAACCAUAGGAAGUAAAAUGGCGUUGAUCAUAUCCCGUCUUGUUCUCUUCCUUGUCUUUAUCAAGAUCUCUGAAGCCCAAACACUGUCGUUGUCAAUGACGCCAUCCUCCCCAAUCCUGGAACCCGAAUUGACUUUCACGUGUUCUGUCGGUAUGGACAUCAUCGAGAACACGCACAUAUUUUACAAAAGAAGCACAUUCCUAGUAGGAACGUUCCUAGUAAACAGUACAUCUUGUGUCUCUACAAAAACACAAGGAGGUCAAAAUUACACAUUCACAUGUGGUUUAUUUCCUGUCCGAGAACUGUUGCUAACAAUUCCUGCUGCACACGUCACAGGAGAUGAACAGGGAGCAGAUUGGAUUUGUGAUGUAUUUCUAAGUGGAGUCAUCAGUAACAUAGUUCACCUGGAACGUAGUGGUGCCGAUGUAAAACUGACAGCAUCACCGUCAUCGGCCAUAGAAGGAACACCACUGACUCUGACGUGUUCUGUAACACAGAAUAGCUCCAUAUACGCUUCGUUUAACUUUAUAAACGGCACAGUUGUUGGAUUUGUACAGUUGUUAAGAGGUGAUUGUGUAAGUGGUACAGGUCAGGACUGUGAUAAGCAGUGUAGCUGUACCACAGACGGUAAAUCUUACUCCUGGACAGUCGCUAAUGUAACCGGAGACUGGAACAAUGCACGGAUCAGAUGUCAGAUAAACAACCCUUCCGCUCAAACUAGUAAUAUCCUGGUGGUCGACGUAAUAAUUCCCGUGACAAGUGUGGAAAUACAGCCACCAGCUGGUCAGUUGUUGGACAUCACAGAGACUCAGUCCACUGACGUUAUAUGCGUGACCAGUGCCUGUAGACCCUUCGCCAGCGUCUUUUGGUCAGUUGGAGGGAUCAACUUCACCUAUGCCGGUGCGUCCUCAGUACAAAGUGUAACCGGUGACCUCUACAUUACCACCAGCACGCUGACCCUUACUCCAAGCAGGGCACUGUCAGGACAGACCGUGGUGUGUACUGCCUCCAACACGGAAACUCAGAUACAGUCAACACGACAACCAACACUUAACGUUAGACAUCGUCCUGAAAUCUUGAUAUCACCGACCAGCGACCCGUACGUCAUCUCUGAAGGUCAGAAGAAUAUAACCUUGAUGUGUACUGUUACGUCUGCCAAUCCGAAUGUCUCAUCCUUAGUCUGGACAAAGGAGGCUACUGAGUUGUCAAACAAUGGGGUGUACAAUUUACCCGUCCCCACAACGGGGGUUGCUGGAGUGUACACUUGUUCUGCAGUCAAUGAUGAUGGUACAACGUCGUUAAAUAUAACGUUGAAAGUAACCACAUUACCUACAACACCAAACAUUGUUGGUUUUACGGAAGUGACGUCAUCAACACUAACAGUGAAAUGGACGCCCAAUGACAAGGGAGAUAUGGCAAACGCAUUCAAUAUUUCCCACGAAUGUAAAGACUGUGCAGAAGCUGAAUCCACUUCCGUUAACCUGGCUGACAGAGGGAAUAUAUAUUCUUCCAAGUUAACCAACUUAUUCCCUGGAUCGGAGUACUAUGUAAACAUUACAGCUAUUAACAUGGCCGGUUCAAGCAGUCCCUUGGAACUUAUUGUGUCGACAUCACCAGCAGACACGUGUCCUUCCCCUUUAGAAGAUACCAGUACUACCUCGACUGCUUUGUUAGUGGUUGGAAUCAUUCUUGUUCUGAUUGCAGUGGCUGUUUUAGGAAUUUCGAUCUUUGUGUACCGAAAAUCACGGUUGCUCUCUAAAUCGAAGAAUAGAAAGGGAAAUGAUCAGAAACCUGUCAAAUUCAGCAAUGUACAGCAGUCCAAAGAAGGUAAACAACAAGAAAUUGUGGAGGAAAGGGGCCACUAUCAGGAGCUAGAUCCAAAUGACAUACAGAAGCCCUCCCCAUAUUCAUGUCUCUCUGAAGACAACAAUGAGGCGGGCAUUGAAACUGUAAGAGGAAACUACGAAUCCAUCCACGGCGAUUCAACCGCUAGCCAUGAUUACAUAGAAAUCAAGGAAGAUGUUGACACAAGACGUUAUGCAAACACUUGAAGAAGUACAUCCAACAACAUACUUCUCAAACGAAGAGAAAGCAGUACUUCAAACCGAGGACGCUAAGGAUAGAUAAACGUUUCCCGUGAAAAAGGGAAAUUAUAUAUAUAUAUGGUUAGCAGCCUCAUUUGUCAAUUUGGUUUAAAAUAUUUUUCAGACUGAUUUGUAUCAUCAAAUACUCUACUGAUACAAGUUUAAUAAUGGAAGGGAAUAACAAUACAAAUAAUAAGUUCAUAACUUGCCUAAUAUUGUCUCUAAUAUCAUAUCUUAAUUUAUGUUUUUACUUUAAGGAUUGUUUAGAGGAUAUAUAUUCUUGUUUGAAUGUAGAAAAAGAAUAUGUGUCUUUCUACGUUUAUAUCUGAGGUUUGUAUUGUAAUGGAGAUACUUAUAGCAAGUGUUCCUUUAUUUAUAACUUGUCGAGUAUGAUAUUAAAUAUGUAUAUCCGCAGAGAGUUCUAUCUUAAAGAAUAAACGUUAGUUAUAGCCCUACUACCUGACCUUUACAGUCAGUCUGAUAUCUCACUUGUGUAUUCCGUUCAUCACCCAACUAGUAUAAGUCGGUAGGUUUAGUCGUUGUAGUUAUUUAGAGUAAGGGCAUGCAAGCCACGUACACAUGUAUGUCAUUGACUGGUCUUAGUAGCGAACCGGUAUAAAGGGGGUCAAAAGUGAUGAGCAGUGUAAAUGACCUUCGGUCAGUUUCAGACGCUUGACCAACAUCAACCAUUAGGAACAAUUCCACAAAUUCACCACACAUCCAACAUUGUAGUUUCGGUCAAAAACUUCAGUUAGAAGCUGGCUGCAGUGUGGGUUUGUUAUUUAUUUAUUUAAGACAAACUUCCUAAGGGUACCGAUACAAGCUUUUAAUAGAUCCCGGGAAUAUAAGUAUUACAGGUGACUCAACACCUUAAUCGUGUAUCGACCGCCUACUUGUAAAUAUAUAUUAUCAGGUUCAUAGUAAUAUAAAAUUACAGACCAUAAAUUAAUGUUCAAAUAUUUAACUGUAAAAGUUUUUAAAAGCCAUGGCAAGUAAAACAUGAUCUGUGAUAAUUUCCGCGUGUAUGUCAUUAAUAUGUUAAUACAUGUAUGUCUAUUUCUAUUUUGAGUACAUGCAUGUUAGUACGUUAAAUAACUAGUAACAUCCAACAUUCUAUAAAAAACGACUUUACGUUAUCGUAUGCUAUAUACUCCAAUAUGUAUUCCAACACUCUGAUUAUUGUUAUUAACAAUAUCAUAAAAUAUUCAUCUAAACGCUUUAUGAAGUUUGUUCUAAUAAAUAAUAGUAUACUACAAAGUGUGAUAUUUGAUAAUGCUAUAUUACCCUUUCUUAUAUAUCCGCCAUCCGCCAUGGAAAGCAUGCGUACGUUUAGGUAAUACCACGUCCCCACAAAAAUAGACUUUUCCCAAUGACCACAAAACAACCAGGAUUUUUUCUGUAGAUAAUGGGAAAUCGAAAAAAAAAAAUCGAAAUCGACACCUUACCAUACAGCUUAGUUUUAAGCUGUCCCUAUUGGUAAUCUUGAAAGUGAGGAUCGAGGUAAAGGAUUCUAUAGAAGAGUAUGUAGCGUCACUGAUAAAACUUUUAAAUCAGUUGAUAAUAAAUAACAUACUAUGACUUUUGAUUACAUUUUUUCAUCUGCGAUUAUUCUAAGGAUUUAUACUUCAUUUGAUGCAGCUCCACAUAUGGAAGUAAUAAUUUACACUUUGGAUAUUAAAUGGGUCUAGCAAUACAAUGGUAAAAACGAUCACGAUUUAAUUGCAGUUUUGAUAUCACGUUUAAUGUUUGCCUUCAAUGAGAUUAAGUGCAGAAAAUAUGAUAAUGCUGCAUGAUAUAGCAUAUAUUACGAAUUAAUAUGAUAGGUCCAUGAAGUAUUUAAAGAGUCAGAUGUUAGUAAGUGUAAUGUUGAUAUUUUACCCGAGGUUUCAGAAUCUUUUUCAGAACUGAGCUUUACCGAAAGUUUGUUAAGACAAUUCAUAUAAUAAGCAAAUGGAACACAAAAUAUAGCAAAAUAUAUAGAUGUGUUACACACAAACUACGGCCAGGUUUGAAAAUUGAGAAAAAAGUAAGUUAUACCAACGGUAUACCUCUAAAAAGACUUCAGGACAAGCUUGUUGCAAUAAUGAUUCUGAGGUGGUUUGUCAUGCCGACGACAAGAUUGUCACAGUCAGCCAAACGACGUUUUGAUUUUGACGACAUUAUAUAAAAGCGUCAUCUGAUUGUGACGUCAGUGUAGUAAAGGUCACUGAUUGAACCUGUGUAGGAAAAGAAAUAAAUACGUUUAUAUAGUA